GGGACCAGAGGCCGGGGCGCUGCUGCUGCUGCUGCUGCACUGCGGGGGGGCCGCCGGCGGAGCUCAGCGUCCCGCUCGCUGGUGCAAGAGGCCAGCGCAGCGCGGCUAGCAGAGGAGCCGGCGGAGAGCCCGGGGGGGGGGGGGUACCAGGCACCAGGCUCCGCGCAGCUGGCGUCUGUCCCUGGCUGGCUGGGCACCGGCCCGUCCCCCGGCCGCUGCAGGACCGAGCGCACCUCGCUGCCGCCCCGAACAGAUGUGAGCGAGCCUGGAGAACUGAACCCCAGCUCGCAAGCGGCAGUGGCCUCCUCUCCCCGCAGAUCCACAGAGGGUGAGCUAUGUGGCAGCCGGCAACUGAGAGACUGCAGCAUUUUCAGACCAUGUUGAAGACCAAGUUGAAUGUCCUAACUCUUCGGAAAGAGCCUCUUCCUACAGUGAUCUUCCAUGAGCCAGAAGCCAUUGAGCUGUGCACCACAACUCCAUUAAUGAAGACCCGGGCCCAUACUGGAUGCAAGGUUACAUAUUUGGGUAAGGUGUCCACAACAGGGAUGCAAUUUUUAUCAGGCUGCACAGAAAAACCUGUCAUUGAAUUAUGGAAGAAGCACACACUAGCCAGGGAGGAUGUCUUCCCAGCCAAUGCCCUUCUGGAAAUCCGACCCUUCCAAGUCUGGCUUCAUCACCUGGACCUCAAAGGCGAAGCCACAGUCCACAUGGAUACCUUUCAGGUGGCACGUAUUGCCUACUGCACUGCCGACCACAACGUCAGCCCAAACAUCUUUGCUUGGGUUUACAGGGAGAUCAACGAUGACUUGUCCUAUCAGAUGGACUGCCAUGCUGUAGAGUGUGAGAGCAAGCUGGAGGCCAAGAAGCUGGCUCAUGCCAUGAUGGAGGCCUUUAAGAAGACUUUCCACAGCAUGAAGAGUGAUGGCCGGAUCCACAGGAAUAGUUCAUCUGAGGAAGUAUCUCAUGAAUUCCAAUCUGAUGAUGGCUGACUGAACUCAUUGAUAGUACAGCAAAGGCAGAAAUUGCCUAGGGAAUAGGAGCUGAUAGAUGAAUAAGCAACAACUGAUAUCUGGAAUUAAAAGACAGCCUAACACUUGGCUGACCAGCUUUUUAAAUCAAAAGAGCAAAUCAAUACCUAAAGAUAUGCAUCAUUAAAGUAAUUAUGUUACAUUGAAAUCUGCUGCUGUUGUAAAUGUGAGAAAAAGCUUUUUUUUUUCCUCUUUCUAUUUCACUUCCCCAACCUAUGCACCAUCAACUCUUUAUAGCCUGGUAUAGUUCAGGUGUACAAUCUGAAGUUGAUUCAGUCCAGUUUGCCUUAUGAAACCCAUCAAGCAAUUUUAAUAGUAGGUUCUCUGGGAUUCAUAGCUGGGAUCUGAUGCUGCUAUGCAGCAGCAAGUGGAAAAGGGAGCCCUUUGGUUCAGAAAAACGAAUCCCUUUUCAUGUCAUACUGCAAAAUCAUUUGACCUUACCUAGGCUGAAACAGCCAUUCAUAGGCUUUUGACAAAUAGCCUGACAUUCUGCAGUUUAUUCACAUUUCACAUAUUUUUAAAAAGAUGCUUAUAUUUACACAUUAUAUCAUAUGCUAUCCUUUAUUUUAUUCAUUUUGUCUAUUUUCUUAAUGUACCUGCAGCCACUCAUCUCCCACCAAGCACCAUUAAUUACAAUUUCCAGGAUACCAAAAAGGGAAAAAAAAUCCAUGAUGGCUGGUAAUACAGCGAACCAGCUCCAUUAUUUCUGCUGAGAGUUGAGUGUCAUGUUGCUAAGACCCGUGGUCUUUCACCAGUUGAACUGGGACUUAUGAUCCACCUCAGGUCUGAAGUGAUAUGAACAUGGUAGCCUUAACUCCACAGUAGUCUCCAUUACCAACCUAGCGUAUAUAAUUUGAUGUAGCUGGUACUGCUGGGUCACAAAAGCCAGGGGUGUUUUACCAUAAAUAGCAAAAGUGUCUCUGUCAAUUAAAAGGCACUGGUCUUUUUAGAGUCAGGUUUGAAAUGAUUGAGAAGUUCACAUUAAGAUAUCCUGCACUUUUUCCUGGGCCACGGACAGAAAGGUUCAUAACUUUUGUAAAGGCAGAAAAAAAAAUCAAAUAAAAACAAAACCUUUGGUUCACUAAAUGUUUUUAAGGCCAAGAGCAGACAAAUAGUUUGCAGGUAAUGCUGCUCCUUGUUCGUAAUCAUGGUAAUGGUAGGGGCACUAGGGCACCUUACAGAAGCCUUAAAAGAAAGCUAUGUGUCUGUGUUUUGUGUGUGUAUAUAUACAUUGUGUGAGAGAGCAUAUGUAUGCCUGUGCGUAUGGCCAAUGUUAAAGCAUGUAGAUUGAGCAUGGAGACAUGUUGAGGGGGACCCACAGCUCUUGAAAAUAUGCUUGUUGCUUUCCAAUGUAUGUAAACUAUUCUCCAGCAUAAAUACAUUCAUACUUUAAUAAAAAAUAUGUUUGAGUUAAAGCUAUGAUAGUUUUAGGCUCUGUUUCCAAUGCAAACUCUCUGUUUUUGCUUAAAGUACCUUGGUCAUCCACUGAUGACAGAUGUUUUUACGAACACCAAUUAAACUGAUUGAUAAUUGUUAUAGGCUUAUUUAUAUAUACACCCACCCCAACAGUUAAUAGAUUCAAAUAUUAAUUUAUUUACAUUUAAAACAUUAGUUUCCAAAAGGGAUAAUGGGAAUUUUUAUAAUUUCCUGUUGAGCUGAAUUAUUACUAUCUAAGAUCAGUUUUUAACUUUUAUUUUAAGGUCUGUAGACACCAGUUCAUAUUUUCUGCUUUCCAGUAGGUGGCAGAGAUUUUUCUCCAGGCAAUGAGUUUAACUUAAGAGUCCUAUUGACCAGAAACAAUACCUUGCCUCCACUACCAUGGAACAGUUCGGGUCUGGCAUCAGCAUCCAGUAUGAAGGACAAAGAAGCUCAGCAAGUUCCUCGAAUACUUUGGUAUUGUAUCACUGAGUGCCUGCUACAGAGAAAAGAUCCAGAGUACAGAACUCUGAGUCUGGAGAGCCUACAUGUGAUUCUCAAAAUUGAGAUUUCCUUCUCACUAUGGCUAGUAAGAAGUUGGGUUACGCUACAGUCUUUAUCUUUGCUUUAAUAAAUAAAUCUGAACUCUGUUAGGCAGGUAUGUCUCAUUAUGGCCAAAGGCAACCUUUCUUCAACUUUUUGGGUCAAAUUCUGCUCACUUCCUCAGAGUUAUAGCCUGCAUUUAGCUAUUUUUGGACAUUUGGCAGCCAAAAUUGCUGUCAUUCAGCUUCUCAGAUCCAUUCUCUGGUUCUUUUCAUAGUAAUCCCAGGUGUCUCUUUGACAAGGUUCAAUGGAUUCUCCUGAUUUCACCACUACUGAUUAUAUAUCUUACAUGUGUGUUGGCAGGAGACAGGUCCAAAAAGCCAGAGCUUGCAAUUUUAUAAGGCUAUUUAAAGAAAUGCAUCUUGAUUAAACAUUACAAAAUCCUGAUUAAUCAUUAAAAAAGUUGCCAAGCCAUGAAGCCAGAUUUUUACUAAAUGGAGCCCCGAUGAAUGUGUGAUGGCUUUUUGUCCUUUAUAUCUUGCAUCAUUCUCAUAAUGUAUUGGAAGAAGGUUGCCAAAGCUAAAAACAGAACUAUAAAUAAAAACUGAUAUAAUUAAACAUUUGUAUACCCAGAUGGUAGGACUAGAGAACAUUGCUGUGGGUUCCAUUGAACCAUAGAAUAUCGAGUUUCUGAAUUUUCUGGCACUCGUUUGUUUGUGUCAAAGUUUAACAUCAAUUGUUGUAUUUAAUAGAUUGUUAUGGUCCUAAAGGUGCUUGUUGGGCCAUAUGGCAAUAAAAUUUUUACAUGCAAAUAAAGGGCAGUAAAUAAUCCUUAGUAUUUAUUUAUCAGUCAGUGGUAUGUACCACUAUUAUUAUUAUUGAGGUGUGCACUCUGAUCAUUUGUAUUGUGUUGUAAAAUAUUCCCAAAUUACCUGUAUUAAGUGAUUUCAAAAGGAACAUAAAGAAACCAAUGGACCUGGUCCCAGUAUAGACACAACAUUUACCUUUUAAUCAACAUAACAAUGGGAUAGAAUUGGAGACAGAAAUAGUUACUCUUACAUUUAUAUUCACAUUCUUACAGCACAUUGAAAACUGUUGAACACAUUCCCUUUUCCCAAAUCCCCAAGAGCUUCUAGGUCUAAGUUGCUCCAAGGGUAAGUUAAAAGGCAGAUUCUAAACCUUUGCAAACAGUGCUGACUCCACUUUCACUAAAGCAAUGCAAACAGUGCACUGGACUCCAGUAACUAGACAGAUACUUAGGGACUUAUUCCAACAUAGCUUUAUUCCCCAUUGCUCCUUAACAUACUACAGUCAAGUGUCAAUGCGCCAUCUCCCUCCCUAACUUCAACACAUUUAAUUGCCCAUGAAAGAGGUGAUGUGUGUCCUUCUGGCUAAUCUGGCUGUUUGCAGUUGUCAGAGCCUCCAUGACCAGGAAUGCCAGCAAACUCAUUAUAAUACCACCUAGUUGGAUUUGCCAUUGAUCUUAAGGGUAGUAGGAGUAAGAGAUCAUUUAAAUCAGUCUGUCUGAUCUGAAAGUUUUGUGUGAAGAUGCUUCACAGCUCUAAAUUUUCACCUGCUUUAGUAAAUAGUAACUUCAUGAAACAGAGGAUGACUUCACAUUCUGAUGAUACCUGUACAGUCCUGCAUUCAGUGAUGGGAAGAUGGAAAAACAUGUUCUGUGAUACAGAUUGCCGUCUCUUGGAGUCCUUCCUGCAACACACAACAUCAGACAAUGGUAAAUAAAUCUGACCUGCUAUAACGGGUGGGCAAACUAUGGCCCACGGGCCAUUUUAAGUCGGCCCACAAGCUCCUACUGGGGAGUGGAGUCUGGGGUUUUUUAAAUAAAAAAAAGUUAUUAAAAAUUCAAAGCCUUCAAUUCAAGCAAACAAACAAAAAUUGGCUAAUUUUAUGUUUGUUUGCAUCCAAAUUUUGACUAUGCUCCUGCUCUUUCUUAUGUUUAUACUGGUGUAAACUUGUUGCCUUCAAUGGAGUUUCUACUGAUUUAAACCAGUGCAUGUGAGAGGAGAUUCCAGUUCUCUCUCCUUGAUGGCCCUGACUGAGGCUCGGUCUUUGCAAAGCAUUUAAGCACAUACUUGACUUUAGCUACACGAAUGGUCACAUUGCUUAAAUGAAACUACUCAUGUGCUUAAGACUCGGUGUCCCAGAAAUAACUGGAUCAUAAGCUAAAUAGAGAAUGUUACUCCUAUGUUUGUCACGCCACGUGCUCAGACCUAGGAUAGGCCUACACAGCAGUGGGUAGGCUGACACAUGCUAGCUCAGCUUGAGUUAGCAUGCUAUAAAUAGCAGUGUGGAUGUGCAGGCACAGGUAGUGGCUCAGGCUAACCGCUUGAGUACAAGCCUGCCCAACCCUCUGGGUACAUACAUAAAGGGGCUAACCUCAACUGCUAUUGCCUCACAGCUAUUUUUAUUGCACUAGCACAAGCAGAGCUAGUGUGUCUGUGCUGGGAAGUACACUUCCAGCUCCCAUGUAGGCAUAUCCAUAGUGGGGAGGGGGAUUGUUUUAGAUACAUGGUUUUAAUGAAGUUACAAUGGUUUAUACCAGCUGAGAAUCUUACAUCUAAUAUGUCACCAACUCUUGUGAUUUAGUGCAACUCUCGCAAUAGUUGGUGUUUUUAUUAAACCUCAGCUCUCAGAAGAAUGACAUUAUGUGAGACUCAGGUCUUGUCUUUUAAAAAAGUCAGUUUUCACCCUUCAUGGUUGUGGAGGAAAGCUUAGAAAUGUGCCCCAAGUGUAUUCUAAAGGCUCAAAAACUAGAUAGCAAGUAAACAAAUUUAUUAUUUUUUAAAAACUAGUGAUUUUUAAGCCAAUCUUACUUUUUUUUGGGGGGGGGGGUCCUGACUCAUGAUUUUUGAACAUUUGGAAUAAACUAUAUGGUUUUAUAUACUCUCUAGUAUAAAAAAAGCUAUGUGAGAUUGAAGAAAAGUUCACUAGAACAGAUUUUUGCAAGUCCUGCUUAUAAUGUAUAAACUGUUGCUGAUAUGUGGGAUCUAACUCAAUUGAUUAAGUAUUUAUGAAAUGGGCUUGGCUUUUAUUUGUUUUUUAAUUUGUUAUUAAAAUAAUGUAAAUUUUGUAAAACUAUCAAGUUAACAAGUAUAUUUUGUUAUGAAGAACUUAAAGACACAGAUAUUGUGAAGGUAACAUUCUAAAGUGCAUCAUAACUUGUCCUUUCCAGUUUUUUGCUGUAUUACAUUUCUUAACUGUGCUAAAGCAAAACUAGAAAUUAGUUUUUCAGCCACCUAUCAGAAUGUUUAAAUAUGGGGCCGAAUCAUUAAGCAAAACAAAUGUUCCCACUCAGGUAAAAGAAGGAAGAUGUGGCCGAUCUGUUGAGAAUAUUAGUUUCAUACCAUAGGGCAAAAAUCAAUUACAUUUAGAUAUGAAACAUCACAGGUUUCACUUUCAGCUAGUUUGCCAUGGGAACUCACUGUAAUAAAAUGUAUAACAGAGAUGGUUUCUAAUUGAAGACAUUUUUUUCUACCAGGAUGAAUACAGUUUGUGAACCCACCAGUUUAGUGUGAUAUAUGUUAAUAUAACUAAAGUUGAUGGCUAUGCAGAAUAGCCUUGAAAGCUAGUU